ACUUUUACAGUACAAAAAAAAUUUUUUUAGAAUAAAUAUUUAUUAAUGAAUUGGAAGGAUGUUCUGCUAAAAUAUAACUGUCAAGUUUUUUUUUUAAACAUUAAAAUUUUAAAACAUUAUUUUAUUAGUUAAAUUGUUUAUUUACUUAAUUUAUAACCAAAUCAAAUAAAUUAAUGUACAUGAAAUAAUAAUUUCUAUGAAAAAUAAGUUACAAACUGUAACACAAAAUGAAGUAAUUGAUUUCCCCUAUUGGGCGAAGAAGGAGAAUUAAACAAAAUCCACUUCCGUCACACUUUUUUUCAAGGUAAAAAUCUGACAUCGUUGGUUUACCCCAGCGCAUAACGCGCCUAUAGAAAAGUAUAACUUCAAAAAUGAUGAAACGACGAGUCACAAAAGAAAACGUGUGAAUCGAGGAGUAAAAUGAGCCAACACAAUUGAAAUUACAAAAAAAAUAAAAUAGUGAUUUCAUGUUAUGUUAGAAGGUGGAUGAAUUAAGAAGAAUAAUUAAUACACGGAUAAACAAAACAAAAAAAAGGUUUAUGGCUGCGUUUACAUGCAAUAGCCCAAUGUAAGUGUGCUUUAUUAGUGCUAGAAUUGAAAACUGAGGUAUAAUGAAAGGAUAAACAUUGAGGUAUAUACCUAGGACCUCGGCUAUACUAGAGUAGCCUCGGCUCUCCCUACAACACCCUCCUAAUCCUUACACCCUAGAAUACACCAUAUGUAUACUAACUAUGCUCCAAGAGCUAUGCAGAAUUUCCCAUUUGACGACAAGCCCAUGGUAAGUCGUUAUUGGGUUAUUACUCGUGGAAUGCACACAUAAGAGUACUCUAGCUCUUCUUUUACAUCUCUAAAAGUUUGUUAACACUCUUGUUUUAUUUCAAACCUGGAAAGCUGAUUUUUACUCAACUGAUUUGUUUUUUUGUUUCGGAAAAUUGAUUCCAAAAUACAUACUAACAUUGUGGUUAACAUCUAAUUGACAACCAUAACCUCAAAAAAAUUUUUCAGAUGACGAUCGACAUUAGGCCAAACAACACUAUUUACAUCAAUAAUCUCAAUGAAAAAAUUAAAAAGGAGGAGUUAAAAAAGUCCUUGUAUGCCAUAUUUUCACAAUUUGGGCAAAUCUUGGAUAUUGUUGCUUUAAAAAGUUUGAAGAUGCGAGGACAGGCUUUUGUGAUAUUUAAGGAAAUCAGCAGUGCUACAAAUGCUCUGAGAGCUAUGCAAGGAUUCCCAUUUUAUGACAAGCCUAUGCGAAUAAAUUAUGCCAAAACGGACAGUGACAUCAUUGCCAAACUAAAGGGCACAUUUUCGGAGAGGCCCAAAAAACCCAAGAGAGUGGUGCCAGCAGCUGAUGAAGAGGCAAAGAGAGCCAAGAAGAGGGCCAAAGAACAGGCCAAACAACAGCAAAUGGGCUAUGCUCCAGGAGCCCUACCUCAAAUGGGCAUGACAAAUGCAGCUGUGCCGGAGCAACCUCCAAACCAAAUUCUAUUCCUCACCAACCUACCGGACGAAACCAGCGAAAUGAUGCUGUCGAUACUGUUCAACCAAUUCCCUGGUUUCAAGGAAGUGCGAUUGGUUCCAAAUAGGCACGACAUCGCAUUUGUGGAAUUCGAAAACGAGGUGCAAUCUGGAGCAGCCAAAGAUGCUCUUCAAGGGUUUAAGAUAACGCCGUCUCACGCAAUGAAGAUAUCAUUCGCCAAGAAGUAAAUGUAUCAUGUAACUUAGCUUUUAAAAAUAAUAUAUAAGAUUAAUUUUAAUGAGACUAAACUACACGAAAAAAAAUGGCAAGUCUCCAUUAUGUCGCUUAUAAUAUUCCGCCUUGUACAAAUUUUUGCAAUUAAAUGUUUUAAUCACAAAUGAGUGAGCUUAUAAUACUAUGUUUUUAAUGAUUAGCGAUACGUAUAAGUCAGAUAAAAAAGGUAAACAAGUAGGUAUUCAUUCAUUGAAACAGUUGCAUUCAACAACUGAUGUGAGAUGAAAUAAGAAUUAGCUUCCCUGGUUUCAAGGAAGUGCGCUUGGUUCCAAAUAGGCACGACAUCGCAUUUGUGGAAUUUGAAAACGAGGUACAAUCUGGAGCAGCCAAAGAUGCUCUUCAAGGGUUCAAGAUAAAAUUUGUUAAAAAAGCAAGAAAUCUGCUAGAUGCAACAUGAAAUAUAACGAAAAAAGAAAUUACAAACAUUGGCGAGUAAAUAGUUUCAAAAAAUUUUGGUCCUUAUU